CUUACUGUCGCACGCUGAUGAUUCGUAGCUCCAUCGCCCUCUCUUCCGCUCCAUUGUUUGAGAUUUGGUGAGGGCAUCGAGAGACACCGUACAUGUAACACUGACAUUGCCAAUGCUGUGGAAUACCAUUGACAUCGGGUAAAGGUGUGUGUGAGCACCAACCAUCAGUGCAGGAACAGGAUGUGAGGUCACAUCGAUAGUGGCUCCCUGUUUCAGUCCUGCUUUGUGUUUACGAUCGGGGGGGGGGGGGGCCCUCCCACUCAAAGGACAGGACAUGUUCGAAGUCAAACCCCGGGCGGUGGAGAAGAAAGAGUCCAGCACUGAGACAGAUGAGGGGCUGGGCAGCAGCGGGAAGCAUUACGGCUCACUGGGCUCGGGCUCAGCUGACUCCGGCUCCGUCUACCUGUCCGACAGCCAGGACUGGGUGGUCUCCCCGAGCUGCUCUCCGGACGAAGGCCCGGGCCAGCACAGUGCCAUCUCCCCCAUGCUGGCCGAGGAGACCUUCCGCUACAUGACGUAUCUUGCUUUGGAGCCCUCUUCUUAUUCCCACCCCGGCUCUCAGAGCCUCUCCAAAGUCCUCAGUGCUGAUCGCGUGGAGCAGAUGGCCAAGACUUACAAUGACAUCGAAGUGGUCUCUCACCUUUUGGCCGAGCGGGACAGAGACUUGGAGCUGGCAGCUCGGAUUGGGCAGUCCCUUCUACAGAGGAACCACCUGCUGCAGGAACGCAACGAGGCCUUAGAGGAGCAGCUGGCACAGGCCCUAGACCAGGUUCACCAGCUGCAGCAUGAGCUCAGUAAGAAGGACGAGUUGCUGCGGAUGGUGGCCAGCGCCUCGGAGGAGAGCGAGACGGACUCCAGCGUGUCCACGCCGCUGCGCCAGCCUCAGCUGCUGGGGGGAACCGCCGCCGCCGCACUCAGCCAGCUGGAGUCUCUGCAGAGCAAGCUGCAGGAGCUGGAGGAGGAGAACCUGUCACUGAGGUCGGAGGCUUGCCAACUGAAGACCGACACCAUCACCUAUGAGGAGAAAGAGCAGCAGCUAGUGAGCGACUGUGUAAAGGAGCUCCGUGAGUCCAACAGCCAGAUGGGGUCUCUGACUGAUGAACUGUCUCAGAAGAACGAGGAGGUGCUCAGACACCAGGAGGAAAUCGCUCAGCUGCUCUCCCAGAUAGUGGAGCUGCAACACAGAGUGAAGGAGCUGGCUCUGGAGAAAGAAGAGCUGAGGAUCCACCUGCAGGCAUCUAAAGAGGCUCAGAGACAGCUCACAGCAGAGCUGGACGAGUUGGCCGACAGGAAUGCAGAGUGUGUAGAGAUGCUCCAUGAAUCCCAGGAGGAGAUCAGAGAACUUCGGAGUAAAACCGCUCCCUCUGCCGGGAUGCGAAGGCACACUUCCUACGGCCUCUACCCCAUGGACUCUUUGGCAGCGGAGAUUGAGUGCACCAUGAGGAGAGAGCUGAGUGUAGAGGAGGAGACCGCCUCUCUGGACCAAAGAGUAUCCCUGAAGAAAGUCUUUCAAACAGUCCGCUCCAUCAACGCCUCAGCAUCGCGGCCCGCGUCGGCCACCCCCCCCAUCCCUGGCUCAGGACAGAGCUCUCUAGUGAUGACUGCACAGCCCUUUCCGUCCAAUCAGGGUGAGGAGGUUCCAAUUGGCCAGCCUGGCUGUCCGGGAGGGAACGACCUGACCAGAGCCCUGCACCGGCUGUCGCUGCGGCGCCAGAACUUCCUGUGCGAGCGUCAGUUCUUCCAGGCGGAGCGGGAGAAGAAGCUGCAGUCCCUGGGGGAGGCCGAGAGAGACGUGGAGGGCAGCGGUUGCAGCUCACCAAUGGGCAGCGUCCUCUCGUCUUUCUCCAACCUGUCAGAACUCUCCUUCAGUUCCAGCAUUUUCAAGACCUUCCUGCCUGAGAAGCUUCAGAUUGUCAAGCCCAUGGAAGGCUCACUGACGCUGCAUCACUGGCAGCAGCUGGCUAAACCACACCUAGCCACCAUCUUGGACCCCCACCCUGGGGUGGUGACCAAAGGUUUCUGCCCACUGGUUCAGGACGCUGUCUACCGCUUGUCUGAUAUGGAGGAGGAUGAAGUGCACAGAGGUGUCCAGGAAAAGGGGGCGGCAGAGCGGGGCAAGAAAGAGGAGGACGAGGAGGAAGGCGGGAUCACAUUCAAGGUACGCUUUUCGUCUACCCCCGACGAAAGGAGAGACAGAAAGCAAUCCGUGUCGCCUCUCCCUGUCCCGCUUCUCUCCCCCACCCUGUCAACAUCCCCUGGGACACCUGCCACGUCCUCCUCAGCAAGAUCAGAACUCUGUAUGACCCCCCCACCCUCAUCACCUCAGCCAACUUCAAGAGCCUGUACAACAUUGGUCCAAUCACAAAGUCCAAUUUUUAUCUCCACAUCAUCAACAACAACGACGACAAUAACGUCUUCUUAUGUCCAAAAUCCAGGGAAGUGUCCAGGCUCCACCUCCUCUACCUACACGUUCACGACAUGCUGCAUCCUGCACCCCAGUGACGUCACACAGGUCACCCAAAGUUCUCAGUCGUCCCUCAUGGCCAACACACCCAGCUCCAUGAGGACAGGUCCCAGUACCCCUGUGACUCCUUGCAGGUUGAGUCUGGGGGACUGCUUUCCCCCCCGACGCCCACCUGUGCCCACCCGCGGUCUGGCCAAGCUGGUCCUGGAAAAGGGCAUUUCUGCACAAGUCUCCACUGACACCCCUCCACCAUCCCCAAAACUAACAACGAGGCAGCCCCUCUUCCGCCUCCUCCCAAACACACCCCCCAACUCCCCCUCACACUCACCUUCUCCCUCCCCUGUGCCCCCGGAGUCCCACCAAUACCCGGCAGACAAUUUCUUAGCCUCGCGGCCGGCAGAACUUUUCCUCCAGGACGUUUAUGGGUUGAAUCUGGGCCGCGCCCCACAUCCCGAUCUACCAAGCUAUUCCCAGGAAACUCUAACCCGCGUUCCGUCCCUUAAGUCAGGUCGAGCCAGGCCUGACCUCGGCCUAGUAGAGAGGCUACGGCGGCUGGGAUUCACUAAGGUGAUCCAGGGAGCAGAGGCCGAGGCUUCAGCGCCACGCCAGGAUUCUGCUACUUUUGUGUCAGCAGGUGGGGGAAGCCUGCUGGACGGCCUGAGGCGCAACCAGAGCCUCCCGGCCAUGAUUGGUGCCCGAGCAGGGAAGUCAGCCGGUCACCCGACACCUCCUCCUCCUCACCCCACCACCCUGGACAUCCCCGCACCACCCUGGGGAAACCCCAAAGAACGGCGCCGGCAUCUUGCCUCUGUCUCCCAUUUCCCGCCAAGUUCAGCCAAGCGAUAAGGGGGAAGAGGUGGAAGGACUGCGAGGGCAAACCUCUCCAGAACAUGAACCCCUCCUAUACACCGCCAUCCUCUUCUUCCUCCCCUCAUCUCUCCUCUUCUAUGCCUUCGGAGAGAGGAGUCAGGCAGGUUAUCCGGUGGGCAGAACAAUCCCUUGUACUUUUGUACAACUUUUUAAUUUUAAAGCACAAUUUAACUAAACAGACUGUUUUUAGCUAUACCGCAGUGUCUGUGUGUGUAGAUGUUUGCCAUGAUGCUAGUUACUGAGGCCUUAGCUCACCUCUGACUGGGGUGUCAGCUCUUGACACCUUCUCAGUCAUUAAUUAGUUUAGGUAGUUUUCCUGUGGGGCUCUGGAUGUUCAGCGACAGGUAGAGGAGUAAGGAAAAGCUCAAAUGUAAGUGGACAAAGGUUCGUGGAUGUUGAUUAGAAAAAAAACGAGUUAAGAUGAAGGUAUAAAAGGAAGAGAGAAUGUGGUCUUUAUUCAUGUCAGAAGGUAAAGUAAGUGAAAGACAAAGAGAAGGGCUGAGCAUCCAGUCACUCUAUUCCAAGGGCUUGUCCUGUAGUGGGUUGGAAAAACUUUAGUGUGCAACAACUAUGCCCAUUAAACAGUAUACAGUGUUUCAUGAUCAUCUCCAAAAAAAAAACAGUCACAAAAGAAGGGAUUUACCAUGCUUUUAUUACCUGAGGACUUCAAGUGCUAGCUGGCUCGAUAGUACACUGCCGGGCUAAUCUUGUAGUCAGACCAUAACAUUAACAUGCCAGUAUUUAUGCUAACAUGAUUUUACAGUAGUUGAUUGUUGCAGAUGUGUGGUGACCGUCCAUGUGCCGUGCCCAAUUCCCGCCUUCCUUGCAAGCGUCUGCAUGACAUGUCAAACAGGCCUACAGGUCCCAGCAUGCACCUGUCGGCAGACGGGUGGGGCCAUGCUGAAGGCGAGGUCAGAACCAUAGACGCCAGGCCUUUUUCCUUCAGGUCCUAGUGUUUGGGUAUUUUUAAUGAUAUGAGGUCUGAAGUGGAAGCCAGCACUGGUUUUGAUAUGUGUUCCUGUUAAGCCAUAUUUGUAUAUAUUAGUUGCACUCAGUGGGAUUUGGAGCUUGUGUUAAUUUAAGGAUCACUGGUGGGGCCUUUUUAAAAGCAAAUUUUAUCAUUUCAGUCUCCAACCACCAUCCUUAUCUCAGGCCUGUAGGGCGUUCAACUUCAGUCUGAUAAAAGGGAAAAACACACUAGUUUUUACACAUUUAGUUGUAUAUCACAUCCAGGUAUAUUAUGUGUGGGUCUCGCAUAUGUAGUUUACACACUGGCCAACAGGUGGGUGUGUUCCUGUAGGAAAGUAUAUGAAAGUUCAUCCUAAUUACUCCUUUAUUUUAUAUAAUAUCAGAUAUUUAGAUACAAGGAAGCAUAGAGCUUUGUGCUUGACCCGUGACCCUUCAGUGCUGUUGUCCCUAACAACUGUCCAUCCAACCAGACCCUCCCACUCAACCACUGCACUUAUGUAUUUUUUUUAUUUAACUUUGUUCUAGUGACACCACUAUCUGAAGGACAGAUUCCAACAUUAAUGAGAAAAUGUUGCAUAUUUUGUGCCUGUUUUAACAAUGUCUACUAGUAUUUUGACUGAAGAUUUUAAUAUAUGCAGCUUUUUUUGCUUUCCACAUGUAGAGGUCCACAGAAGGGAAUCCAAAUUAAGACAAAAGUGAUAUUUUAUUAUUUCCAAGUACGUAAAUACACAGGUGAUGCUUUUUGUGGUAAUUUGCUUUAACAUAGGACGCUUUUGUUUUAACGUUUGUAGGAGUGCAGAGAAGAGGACAGACAGACUGUUCAUAUCUUUAGAUUAGUUGUAGUUCUCAUAUUAUCCACUGUUUUUCGUAAAGCAGGAAGUUCAGGUUUAGGGCUUUCUUUGGCUAAAAUAUAAAAUCCUGUCACUUGUGCCCCUUCUAAGAUCAUGAUCCUCUGUAAACUACUCAUGGCUAUUAUACAGUUGCCUCUUUUUUUAAAUAAAGCAAU